GCUGUUUUCUCUUCCAUGUCUCACAUAGAUACUCAUAGAUACUCUUACAUAGAUACUGAAUUUCUCAGUAUCUUAAUACCAUUUCCUUCUAGUUUUCUUUGUCUUUUUUUUCCUCUGCCUAGAUCAUCUCCAAACACUUUUCCUUUUCCUUCUCACUUUUCAAGAAAUAUAAUCUAAAGUAGUGUCUAAAAAAUGUAAGUCUAAAAUAUUUAGAUUUAAAAUUCUUUUAACAGUGGUGAUUAUGGUUUCCUCUUCCAUGGUUUUAGUCAUAAUGAGUAACAAUAACAAACAUAAAAUUAAGAAUAGUCUUUAAUAGAGAAUACACUCUGCAACAGAGGAUACUGUUUUAUCCUAUGUGUCUCACAUGGAUUGCUUAAUUUACCAGUACCUUAAAACUGCCCCUUCUCUCUUUCCCUUUUUUCUAAUACUAGUUCAUCCCUAAACACCUUGCCCUAUGUAAUAUGAAAUAUCAUCUAAUGUAAUAUCUAAAAAUAUUUUAAUCUAAUCUGAAUUUUUAACAUGAUGAUGAUGAUGGUUUUAUCCUUUUUCAGUCAUUGUACAUAUUAAAACAAAUAACAAAUAUGAAAUUAAGAACAGCCUCGGACAGAAGAUUUACUUUGCAGUAGAGGAUACUGAUUGCUGUACCCGAUAUUCCUGUGGGGCCUCUAGGCCUUUUACCAUGAGGAUUCUUGAUCUUCUAGGCCGAGAAGUCAUAACUCUGGAGAGACCACUAAGACUUAACUGCUUUUGUAUCCCCUGCUGCCUUCAGGAGAUAGAAAUAGAUGCUCCUCCUGGUGUACCAAUAGGAUAUGUUACUCAGAUCAGGCAUCCAUUUCUGCCAAAGUUUAGAAUUCAAAAUGAGGAUAGAAAGGAUGUACUAAAAAUUAUUGGUCCAUGUUGCAUGUGCAGCUGUUGUGGAGAUACUGAUUUUGAGAUUAAAUCUCUUGAUGGAAAAAAUGUGGUUGGCAAGAUUUCUAAGCAGUUUACUGGAAUUGUGAGAGAAAUAUUCACAAGCUAUAGUAACUUUGACAUUCAGUUCUCUUCAGACAUUGAUGUGAAAAUGAAAGCUGUGAUACUUGGUGCAUGUUUCCUCAUAGACUUCAUGUUUUAUGAAAAAAAGAGAUGCGCUAAGUUUUUGGCACUAAUACCUUUUUAGCAAGCUCACAAAAGUCUCUCAUAAAAGAAAAUUUGGUAUCUAUGAGUGGGACUAUGAAAAGGAAAACUCAGUGUUUUUUACCUUUAAAGUAUUAUACCAUGUCUGAAAUCCUCUGUGAAUCCUGUGGUCCAGGUAUGUGAUUUUAUGUCAAAACUAUAUAGUUUAUUUUCUGUUCACUGACUUAUGCUUUUACACAUUUUCUUUAAACAUUCAUCAUAUAUUUGAAAGAAACUAUUUUGGACAUUUUACCUUUAGACAUGAAUCUUUUUAUGAAAAACUGCUUUGAAUUAUAGUCUGUUUUUUCCAUUUUAAGACAAAAAUUAAAGAGUUAAUUAUAAUAUGAAA